ACACUUUACCUUUUAUUCUAUUAUAUUUUCUUUUCUCUUCUUCCUUAGGGUUUUAACGCUAGGGUUUCAGUGUUUCACUCUAUUCUUCUUUUACUCUGUUUCUUUUUCUCUCUCUCGGCAUAGCCAUGGAUAGGUACCAGAAGGUGGAGAAACCAAAGCCAGAGUCUCCUAUCAACGAGAAUGAGAUCCGAAUCACGACUCAGGGCGCUAUUCGCAACUACAUCACCUACGCCACUUCGCUUCUUCAGGAAAAGCAUGCAAGAGAGAUUGUCUUAAAAGCAAUGGGACAAGCAAUCAGCAAGACAGUUGCCAUUGCAGAGAUUUUAAAGAAGAGAAUUCCCAGGCUGCACCAAGAUACUGGCAUCAGCUCAGUUAGCAUAACAGAUAUGUGGGAACCCAUUGAAGAGGGUCUUGUACCUGUGGAAAUGACUCGACAUGUAUCUAUGAUCUCAAUCACCUUAUCAGCUAGAGAAUUAAACAAAAAUUCUCCUGGGUAUCAAGCUCCAAGUAACGUGGAACAACCAAAGCCACACACUAAUUAUCAGCAGCAACCUAUAAAACCAGCACGUGUUCCAUAUAAUGCUUUAAAUGAAGAUUCAUAUGGGCGAGGACGAGGUCGGGGUCGGGGGAGAGGAAGAGGAAGGAAUUGGGGAAGGGGUGGUUAUGGCUACCAAGGUGGUUAUGGAAAUUAUCAAGGUGGAUAUGGAUACUACCAGGGGGGUUAUGCAAAUUAUCAAGAUAAUGGGGGUUAUUCAAACCGGGGACGAGGUGGUGGGCGAGGUAGAGGUUGGGGUUAUCGUGGUACAGGUUAUGAUGGUGGCAGGGGUGGAGGUGCAGGGUAUGAGGGUGGGAGGGGCGGUGGUUAUGAAGGUGGGAGGGGUGGAGGUGCAGGGUAUGAGGGUGGGAGGGGUCGGUGGUUAUGAAGGUGGGAGGGGUGGGGUUUCGGUAUGAAGGUGGGGGAGGUGGUGGAUGAGGUGGCUGGUUAUGAAGGUGGCAGGGGUGGUGGAUAUGAAGGGGGGAGGGGUGGUGGUUAUGAGGGUGGGAGGGGUGGUGGAUAUGAAGGUGGCAGGGGUGGUGGAUAUGAAGGUGGCAGGGGUGGUGGAUAUGAAGGGGGGAGGGGUGGUGGAUAUGAAGGUGGCAGAGGUGGUGGUUAUGAAGGUGGCAGGGGUGGUGGUUAUGAAGGUGGCAGAGGUGGUGGGUAUGAAAGAGGCAGAGGUGGAGGAAGGGGUUAUGGACGGGGCAGGGGCCGAAUGGGUGGACGUACAAGGGGUGGUGCAAACCAGGCAUGAUUGCGAAGGGUGCUGUUGUCAUUCUUGCUAAAUGCUUGCCUUGACAGUGGGGUUAAUGUUUUAAGAAUACUGUGUUGAUAGUGUGAUGUGGCUCAUGAUCCAGCAUUAUUAGGCAGUAUUUUAUGUUUCAUUUGUCAUGAAAUUGAAAUGGGCAAGGUUUUGUUCAUCUUUAGAUUUAGUUGCAAAGCAUCUUGGUUAUGAUUGCUGUAAUUCAUUUCAACUUUCAUGGUUGCCAACACCAUAUUUUUAUCUGUAUCUGGUUUAUAUAUGGUUUUUAUUUUAAUCAAAA